AGCUCAAUGACUUUCAACGUGGCACCGUCAUAGGAUGCAACCUUUCCAACAAGUCAGUUCAUCAAAUUUCUGCCCUACUAGCACCUCACCGGUCAACUGUAAGUGCUGUUAUUGUGGGGUGGUAAUUUAUAGGAGCACAAGCUCACAGAACCGGACCGCCGAUUGCUGAAUCGCAUAAAAAUCUUCUAUCCUUGGUUGCAACACUCACUACGGAGUUCCAAACUGCCUCUGGAAUUAACGUCUGCACAAUGACUUAUCUCACCACACCAGGGUCGGUUGAAGCCAAUGAUUUUUAACAUCAUUGGUUGAGGCUAGGAAAAAUGCAACUAUGUACUUUGACUAUUUGCCAAUAAAAGGACUUGUUUCUCUCAUAUCUAUUCAGUAUUCAGUCACUGGUAUCAGUUUCAUUGUUGGUCGAUUUCCAACGGAGGUGGUGUUGUAAUAAGUCAUGUGAGUAAGGUGCGGAAGUUGGAUACUAUUUCAACAUGGCUGCGCCGCGAUAAGGAAAGAAGAACCGAGCUGCGCCUCACAAAAACAUAACGGUUUACCUUCGUCCGACCAGUUUUUCAGAGAGCAUCAAGACAUGUUGACGCUAGUGUUUAAGCUAAUGGCAUAACGUCCAGGAGCAGAUCUGACAUCAACACAGGACCCGAGACAGAUAACCUCGUCUCAUCACUGAGUUGACCAGCUACCAGCAGCUGUGAUGUCUCUAGCUGACCCCACCUCUGACACCACGCCCUUCUUCUCUGAUGACAGCGAGGCGGAAGGCUCAGAAGAGCCUGGUGCGGGGCCCAGCCAGCACCGGGAAGUGGAAGAGCCAGCCAGCGGCGUGUCCAGCAUGAGAUCGGUGUUCACUGUUAUCGUCCUGUGUUUCAUCAACCUGCUCAACUACAUGGACAGGUUCACCGUGGCUGGUGUUCUGCCCGACAUUGAGCAGUACUUUGGGAUCAAUGAUGGGAAGUCCGGGCUGCUACAAACAGUCUUCAUCUGCAGCUACAUGUUCCUGGCUCCUGUCUUUGGUUACCUGGGUGACCGGUACAACAGGAAGGUGAUCAUGAGUGUGGGCAUCGGCUUCUGGUCCGUAGUGACGCUUGCCAGCUCCUACAUGCCCAGAGAAUAUUUCUGGCUCCUGUUGUUGACUCGUGGCCUCGUGGGGGUUGGGGAGGCCAGUUAUUCCACUAUCGCCCCAACCAUCAUCGCUGACCUGUACAUCAAGGAGAGGAGGACGCAGAUGCUCUCUGUCUUCUAUUUCGCCAUUCCAGUGGGCAGUGGUCUGGGCUACAUCGUGGGGUCAAAGGUUGAUGACAUGGCAGGGGACUGGCAUUGGGCCCUGCGGGUGACUCCUGCGUUAGGACUGGUAGCGGUGGUGUUGCUUCUGUUCGUGGUGAAAGAGCCGAAGAGGGGUGCUAUCGAGGCCCGACCGGAGCACACCCUCCAAAGGACCAGCUGGCUGGGUGACAUGAAAGCCCUUUGCAGAAACCCCAGCUUUGUGUUGUCUACGUUUGGCUUCACAGCAGUGGCCUUUGUGACUGGCUCCUUGGCACUCUGGGCCCCGGCCUUCCUCUUCAGAGCUGCUGUCUUCACCGGAGAAAGGCCCCCCUGCAUUAAGGCGCCCUGCGACACCUCCGACAGCCUGUACUUUGGCAUCAUCACAGUUGUGUCGGGGAUCCUGGGUGUGGCCAGUGGUGCAGAGGUCAGUAGGAGGCUGAGGUUGAGGACCCCAAAGGCUGACCCCCUGGUGUGUGCUCUAGGACUCCUGCUCUCAGCGCCCUUCCUCUACCUCUCCAUCGUCUUCGCUCAGGCCAGCCCCACUGCCACCUACGUGUUUAUCUUCCUGGGCGAGACCUUCCUGUCUAUGAACUGGGCCAUCGUAGCGGACAUCCUGCUAUACGUGGUGGUCCCCACGCGUCGCGCCACAGCUGAGGCCUUCCAGAUCGUUCUCUCUCACCUGCUAGGAGAUGCUGGGAGUCCUUAUCUCAUAGGCCUGGUGUCAGACUCUCUGAAGCAGACUGACUCGUACCUGUGGCAGUUCCGCUCCCUGCAGCUCUCCCUCCUCACGUGCACUUUUGUGGCAGUGGGGGGCGGGGCUUUCUUCCUGGCCACCGCCCUUUUCAUCGAGAAGGACCGUCAACGUGCCACAAACUACACACCCUCAGAUGAUGAACCAAUUGUUGUACCGAAGAGCGGCAGGUCCACGAGGGUGCCAGUGUCCAGCGUUUUGAUUUGAGAUUAAAGGGACAUUGGAGGCUCCUGUGGAAUAUGCUGCACCCUGAUUGGUCCCUGUUUCAAUCACGCAGCAGUGUUUUUUUACAUUUAGGGCCUUUAAUUGGACAAUGCCCUAUACAGAGACUUUUAUUUAUUAUUUGUAACAUUUGAGAUUAUAUGAUUUGAGGAACAUUGCAGAGUCAGAGCUGCCAAACUGUUCCACUCAUCAUUUCCUGGUGUUUUUGUAGUGACCAAUCAGAUAUUCCACUUCUGAUUGGCUUCACGUGUUGGCAUGACAACAUGAGACAAAGUGGCUUAUGAGAAAUGUAUGCAGAGUAGUAAACAGGAAGUCAAAGAGCCACAUCAGUGGAAGCCUAACCUCUGUGGCUGGAAGAGGUGACCGGAUAGAAGAAAGCACAAAAGAGAAUUUCAGAAGAGGCAGCUACUUUACCCGAGGGAGAGAAAGAAGCAGAAAGCCUUUUUGCGUUCCGAUGUGUGCACCCCAGUUAUCUCCUGUUACAGCCAAUGUGUCACAGGGUCACAGAUAGGGGUGUCACUCUUAGACAGACACUCAUCCGUUACCCCACAGGGACUAUAUGUCGACGGUAGAGACCUCUGCGGAAAACCGGCAGGAUAUUUUUCACCCCAGUGCGCUGAUUGAUUUCUAACCACUACAUCCCAACUACUGCUGCUGUGCUUCUUGCUUGGGUCUGAAACGCAGAGAUCUGAUUGGCCACGGAAUAACUACGACCGGUCCAUUUCGAAGCCAUUCCAACCAGUGCUGUCGUCCUCCCGUCAACAAACUUAAGACUGUAAAUAUUAUGUUUGUUCGUUCAGUGUAACCACAAACUACUUACUACAUACAGUAUCCAACCGGAAAAAAGGGAGUUGGCAGGCACAGGCCGCAUUGUACUCCAAACCCACCGAUCGGUUGUGGGAUGUUGCAUUUUUAACAGAUUAAGCCUAAUCAUGCUUGUUGUUUUUAGACCCGUUUGGUAUAUUAUAAUAAUAACACUAGAUUUGUCCCUCAGCUACCUAGAACGUGGUGGAGGGACAGACGUCUGUUCCAGACAGGUACAGAAGAUAAUCUGUUUUCUUUAUUAAGACCCUUCUUUUUUUUGUGUUUUUUUUGUUGUUGCAAUUACUGGUGUUUUUAUGGAAUGAUCCUGGUGGUCAGGCGUACUUUAUGAGGUCACAAAAUCCAGAGUCACUGAUGUCACAACGACCAGGAGAUCAAAUCGGGUCUAUUACAGUUUAAUUGUCAAAGGAAAAUGGAUAUCCCUUUUUAAUGAAGGCGAUUGUUACAUUAUUUUUUAUUUUUUUUUGAGAAUGUAUUGGUUAUUUUGGAAAGUGAAGCCUUAAAAUAAUUAGUUCUGUUUUUAACUUGAAUUUGAUUUGAUGUAAAACGUUUGUUGAAACAUUAAACGAUGAGAAUGGACCGUU